AUGUCCAGCUAUAAAUCCACAGACUAUACAGUAGGAUGGAUUUGCGCGCUCCCUCUCGAGCGCGCCGCGGCAGAGGCGAUGCUAGACUGCAAACACGGAGGUUCAAACAGCAGCCAGUACACGCUCGGCAGGAUCGGUGACCACAACGUUGUUAUUGCGUGCCUACCAGCGGGUUUGACCGGAACCAAUGCCGCCGCCACCGUUGCGGCCAAGUUGAUGCUGCGGUUUACGUCUAUUCGAUUUGGUCUUUUGGUAGGCAUUGGAGGAGGAGUUCCGAGCAGAGAAUCCGACAUACGGCUCGGAGAUGUAGUCGUCAGUCAACCGCGAAACGGAUAUGGUGGAGUGGUGCAGUAUGACUUUGGUAAAACUCGUCCUGGGGAGUUCGAAACGACUGGCUUUCUCAAUACACCUCCGAUUGUGCUGUUGGAUGCACUCUCAAAAAUACAAGCGGAUCAUUUGUCUGGAAAUAGCAAGUUCUCGCAAUACUUGCAAAGGGCCAAUCACCAGCUUGGGGUCAUGCCCGAUGACACCAGGACCGACAUGUUGUUUGAGUCGAGCUAUGAGCAUGUGGAAGGGCCGACAUGCGAGAACUGUGACGACAAGCAACUGGUACACAGAAAACCUCGGAAUCAAGACAUUGUUAUUCAUUACGGCACAGUGGCCUCUGGAAAUCAAGUCAUAAGAGAUGGCAUCACUAGAGAUAAACUAAGCUCGAAGCUCGGAGGGAUCCUUUGUUUCGAAAUGGAAGCAGCGGGACUUAUGAACAGCUUCCCUUGCCUGGUCAUACGAGGCAUUUGCGACUAUGCCGACUCACACAAGAACAAGGCCUGGCAACCUUAUGCUGCGUCCGCUGCAGCUUCUUAUGCGAGAGAAGUCUUGGCUGCCGUCCAUGCAAAUCAGCCACCGAUGGCUCACAUAGUCGACGACACUACAAAGACUGAAAUGCUUCGAGCUGAGAUUGACUCCAAUAUUGAUACCGUGAAUUUGAGCUGGUUUCUCUCCGUUUUGCCAGCCAUGGACCAAGGCGAAUAUAAUUUCGAUAAUCCAUCGCCAGAUUGGGAGAAGCCAGAAUAUUACUGGAUUUUCAGAAAUGCGGAUUUUAAAGAUUGGGACACAGGCGACUCUUCCCGAAUCCUGUGGCUAACUGGGCCACCAGAAUGUAACAUACGCAAAGCGACGUCCUUUAUUCUACAUCGAGAGAUGGAGAAAUCUUCAAAGACUCAACGGCUCGUGUUGCACUUCUUCUGUUCUGCAGCCUCAGUAAAAGGAUCGUCUAUCGCAGUAUUCAUCAGAGCUCUUGUCCAUCAAAUUGUCUCGACUUCACCACAGGCUAAGCAGAUGCCAAUCAUUCGCACAUUUCUGAGGAGUAUUUUGAGUCAUACUUUUAAAAGGAUGUCUCCGAAUCUAACGCGACGAUUCUCAUUCACAGACUCGAAUUCCAAUAUAAAAAACUUACUCGAGUCUCCAGAUGACAGCUUAUGGACAGCUCUAUGGGCCAUCAUGCCGACAGAACGAAUUCCGGAAUUAUCCAUUGUCAUCGAUGGAAUUGAACAUAUUCGUGACCAGAGAGGCAAAUUCAUCCGGAGAAUCCGCGAAUUUGUCCAAGACCUACAACGAACGUCCAAGGCGAAGAUUCUACUCACUAGUGGGCUAGAAUCAGAUACUGCUCAAAUAUUCAACGGGUUGCCUCAUAUCGAAUACGAUAGAGAAAGAAAAGAAUGUCUUUCCAGCCUUUGCUUCGUCAACACCCGCUUUAGCAAAAUCGUAAAGGCAUCUGAGGGCACUUUUGAGUGGCUCUGGGAACACGCACAAUACAAUGCAUGGUCAAAACCAAGCGUCUCCCGUGUACUGCUGAUUCAGGGAAAACCUGGGAGUGGCAAAAGCACUCUUACACGGUAUUUCAAUGAACACAUACUUGAACGGGAACCAGCCGCAGAGUCAGCCGUCAUAGCCAGAUUCUUUUACAGCUAUAGAGAGGAUAUCCUUCAAAGAAGCCAUUACAACAUGCUACGGUCCAUCAUCCAUGAUAUCUUAUACCAGGAUGAAGCCUUCUUUUAUCAUCUUCAACCAGAGUAUCGUCUCCAGCCUCGUAGUGACACCGGUGUCGAUUGGGAAUAUGAGUCGUUAAAACGUAUCCUCAAAUCCUUACGCGACUACUCCUUGCGGCGACCACUCUAUCUAAUCAUUGAUGCGGUGGAUGAAUCUGAAUACGAGGAUAGACGCAAUAUUCUCAAACUUUUGUUUCAACUGUGUGCGGAGAUGAAACACGGCGUCGUGAAAGUUUUCAUAACGAGCCGGCCAGUAGAACAGCUCGACGUCCGCCAGAAGAAUGUCAACAACAUGAUACAGCUACACGAAGAGACCGUGUCCGACAUUUCUCGUUUCGCGCGCUCUAUGUUAGACGACCUGCAUAUCUCGCGCCUUCUGGCUAAAGCUACAGAUUUCAUCAUCAAGAACGCACACGGGGUGUUCCUAUGGGUGAAGCUUGUUGGAGAUCAACUGAAAGCCUCUAUAGAGGUUGGUGAUUCUGAAGACGUCAUUUUUCGAUGCCUCGAACAGCUUCCCACGGAAUUGGACGAUUUUUACAAGCUGAUGUUUAAGAGCUUGAGCGAGAACAAACCAUAUAUUCCAGAAUCAAAACAAAUGUUUCAAAUUGUUCUCUGGGCAGUGAGACCUCUGACGGUAAACGAGUUGCUGCACGCCUUGGCCAUGUCGCGUGUUGCGGAUAUCGAAUCUGACCUUUCCGACGAUGUCUUUGACGGACGAAUUCCAACCAAGACACGCAUCACUCAUUGCGGAGGGAAUUUCUUGGAAGUCAAGCAGCCGUAUGGUGCCUCCUUGGCAAAUGCCCGUUCCAGUACCUCAUACCCUCGAACUGAUAACUCUAUUGGGAACGAGGUUGUUCAGGCCAUGCAUCAAACCGUGCGCGACUUCUUCCUCAGCUCCAGCGGAUGCGUAGCAAACUCAGAGUUGCGUAUGAGCGACGACGAGGACGCUCACAUUUUCAUGUCUAAAAUCUGUAUUCGCUAUCUCAUGCUCUGUGUUGCCUGUACUGCUUUGGCAAAGACACUACCUUCUCUCGAAUCGUGGACUUGGGAGCACUUUUAUGAGUAUGCCAAAUACCUACAAAAAAGACCGUUUGCAAAAUAUGCUCUGUGUUUCCUUAAGCAUCAUAUGAGCCACUGUCACCAAGACACAAGGGUUUCGUAUCUUGCCAUUCGACUAACAAACAGCCUGACCGGCAACCCAUCGUCCUACUUGUUGGACAGCUGGGUUUUAUCAAAUAUGGGGACGAGGGUUCAAGAUUCACAUCCCAAUGAGCACGAAAGAAAAGCAAUGGAAUUCAGGGCUCAAGCCUUACACGCCGCAGUUUGGAACGACUUUCCCGUGGCCGUCGAGAUCUUGCUGACAGCUGGGACCAACAUCAACUCGAGAUGCGAGAAAGAGCGCACAUUUCUGUCAUUGGCAGCCGAACGAGGGCAUGAAGCCGUGGUAGAUUUACUACUCGCACACCAUGGCAUCGAGGCUGAUACAACAGAUAUAGAUGGGCGGACACCGCUCUCGUGGGUUGCAGAAAAGGGCCACCAUACGAUUGCUGAGAUGCUGCUGGCCCGCAAUGAUGUUGCUCCUAACUCAAGAGAUAUGGAUGAACGGACACCGCUAUCGUGGGCUGCCGAGCAAGGACAUGGAUCUGUGGUACAACUGCUGCUUGCUUGCAGUGACGUUGAUGCUGAUUCUGCGGAUAAAUGGCAACAAACACCGCUGUCAAAGGCGGCCGAAAAGGGACACAAGACCAUUGCCGACAUGUUGAUCCAUCAUAAUGUUGUUGCUAUUUCGAGAGAUGAACACGGACGGACACCGCUAUGGCUGGCUGCGGAACAAGGACAUGAAGAAAUAGUAGAGUUACUGCUUGCUUUGAACAACGGCGAGGCCGAUGAAAGCGAUCGAUAUGGACGAACAGCACUGUCGCGAGCAGCUGGGCAAGGGCGCGAUGCCAUUGUGAAACUUUUGCUAAACCGCAACAUUGCCAGGGCGGACUCGAAGGAUCAAUACAACCGGACGCCUUUAUCAUGGGCGGCUCGACAGGGACACGACAGCAUAGUGACAUUGUUACUUGAACGCAAUGACGUCGAGCCAGACUCGAAGGAUUUUGAUGGCAGGACGCCGUUAUCUUGGGCGGCGUGGUGUGGACAACACAACGUAGUAAAGCUUCUACUUGACCACAGUGACGUUCAAGUCGCGUCAGAAAAGAAACCCCAACGAAAACUGUUGCUAUCGAAGUUUGCGCGCUAUUACAAAGGCGCCAAGAAGCGCUUCGUUGGCCGUAAGGGCGUCGAAGCGGAUUCGAGAGACGAUUAUGGACAAACGCCACUAUCCCGAGCAGCCGAGCAAGGACACGAAGCCGUGGUAAAGCUGUUGCUUGAUCGCAAAGACGUCGAAAUCAAUUCACGAGACAUGAAAGGGCGGACACCACUGUCUUGGGCAGCUGAUCAAGGGCACCAUGACGUGGUAAAGCUGUUGCUUGCUUAUAAGAAGAUUGAGGUCGAUUCCAAAGAUGCAUCUAGACGAACGCCUUUGUCUCGAGCAGCUGAACAGGGGCACCGGGACGUGAUGGAAUUGUUGCUGUCCCGUAAUGAGGUUGAUGUUAAUUCGAGAGAUGAGGAUGGAUGGACGCCAUUAUUUUGGGCAGCUAGGCAUGGGCAUCGGGGUGUAGUGAAGCUUCUUCUUAUGCACAAAGAUGUGAAGACUGAUUUAGAGGAUGUAUCUGGACGGACGCCGUUAUCUUUGGCUGCCCGGAGUGGACAUGCGGAAGUGGAACAUUUGCUUGGUGCAGUUUCCAUCUUUUCAUGA